GACCGAGAAGUCAAACCCGCCCAUACGAUUGCAAGCAAAAGGAUAAAACACAGAAGAAAAACUCCAACCCAAAAUUUUCAAUCAUCUCGUGCAGAUCAGUCGGGUUCAGGGGCGACGAAUCCGCUAUGGGAAUCGCGGCCUGAUCUCUCCAGAGCUAGUAGCUUCAGAGGCAGAAACAAGAAAGGAGUCUUCCUUUCUCAGUUCCAGUCGCAUUUCUUUUCCUCUGCCUCGUCCGUACAUCGUGUCUGCCGUCAUAUUUUCGCCCCUGCAUAUAUAUAUAGUCUUAUUCUAAUCGGUUCCGUAUUCGGUAUUCACCAACUGUUUGACUGCUCGCGCUUUACUGCUUUUUGUUUUCAAAGCCUCCUCGAGGAUCAGAUCUUUCGUUUGGGAUAAAGUUCAUCCUUGGCUUCUAUAAUCCUCCAUACCCUCCUCUUCUCUUUCCGGUUCUCGCUUGUGGCGGGGCUCGAAAAGGGAAAGGGGGACGCCUUUGAGGUCGCCGAGGUAAGUUCUUGAGCUCUCGUCCGAUUCUUUAAACACCCUUUUGUGUGUUCUUCUGAUAAUAAGAAGAAAUCCAGAGGUGUACCAUCUUCUUCUGAGUCUUCUUGUUCUCAAUCUUGAAUUUCUUGGCUUUGUUUGUUCUGGCUGAGAGGCCGAGUUGUCAAGUGUUUUCUUUGUUUAUGUCGUUGGUUUGCUCGAGUCCAGAGAGUGGGAACGUUAGAUUCAAGGAGUUCUUAGCAUUGGGUUUCUAAUUUUAUCUGGGAUCUUCAUAGUCUCCCACUUUCAGGUGAUAAAAGAUCAGCUAUUUUUAUUUGGUGAAUAGUGGUUUUCUAGGGUUCUUGAGAUUUUUUUGGGGAUAUGGAUGGUGUUGAGAGUGGUGCCUUGGAUUCAGAAGGAGAAGGGAACUUGAUUGCUGCUGCGCAACAAAUUGUGAGGGCGUUGGUGUCGAAAAGAGAGCUAACUGAUGAAGAGAGAAAGGCUUUGGUUCAAUUGAGGGCUCAGUUAUCCACCAUCACGAUAGAUAGUGAGAAAAAGAAAAAGAACAUUGAGGAAGGCGCGAGCAGAGAAGAGCAUCUCGAUGUUAUUCACGAGAAGAUCAUGAGGUGGGAGAAUGAUCAGUCCAUGAUAUGGGAUUUGGGCCAAGACGAAGCAUUUCAGUAUCUGAAUGCCGUGGAUGAAACCCUGAAGUUGAUUGAACGACUAGAGAAUUCACGUCAAGAUUUGUCGGUUGAAAAGGAUGAGAUGUUGAGGAAUGCCCAUGAUGUUCUUCAGACGGCCAUGGUUAGGCUCGAGGAAGAAUUUAAGCACAUGCUUCUUCAGAAUAGACGGUCUGUCGAGCCGGAGCACACAUCCUUCCGUUCAAGUGAGGAGGAUGCGGCAGAAGAAGGCUCGACGUUUUCUUACUCCUUCGACGACUCACUCCGCAGAGACAGCUUCAACAGAACCUCGGAGGAGUCAAUAAUCGAUCUGGUUCAUCCAGAAAUACUACCUGACCUCAAAUGCAUCGCGAAUUUGAUGUGCAGCUCAGGUUAUGAACACGAAUGUUCCCAGGCUUAUGUCAGUCUUCGCAGGGAUGCACUGGAUGAGUGUCUCUUCAUUGUUGAGAUGGACAAGCAUUGCAUCGAGGAUGUUCUUAGGAUGGAAUGGGCUACUCUUAAUUUCAAGAUCAAGAAAUGGGUUAGAGCUAUUAGAGUCUUUGUGCGAGUUUAUCUAGCAAGCGAGAGAUGGCUUAGUGAUCAAAUUUUCGGGGAGGUAUCACUGAAUUUGAGUUGCUUUAUUGAGGCGUCAAAGGCUGCAAUUUUGCAACUUCUGAAUUUUGCAGAGGCUAUAUCUAUAGGCUCGAAAGAACCGGAGAAGUUGUUUUGCUUCCUUGAAAUGUAUGAAGUGAUGUCUAAGCUUUUACCAGAUAUCAAUGAGCUAUAUCCAGAUAAUGUCGGGUCCUUCAUUAGAAUUCAAUAUCAUGAACUCCUGCAGAGGCUAGGCAACUGCAUCAGGAUGACUUUCCUUGAAUUCAAGAAAGCCAUCGCUGCGAACGCAUCAGCGACUGCAUUCCCCGGGGGUGGGGUCCACCAUCUGACCCGUUACGUGAUGAACUACAUGAAGAAUCUCGUUGAUUAUGGCGAGACUCUCGAGUUGCUUCUCAGCGACCAUGGCGAAGAGGGUUCCAAUUCUUUCGGUCAUGAAACUAGUUCACCCAUAGAGGAUGGAAAGAGUGGGGUUUCCGGAUGCGGAUUUCCCAAACUGGCUCCCCAUUUUCAUGGCAUUUCUUUGGUUCUGGUAGCAAACCUCCAUGAGAAAUCCAAUCUAUACAAAGAUGUGGCUUUGCAGCAUAUUUUUCUGAUGAACAAUGUGCAUUACAUGGCAGAAAAGGUGAAAAAUUCUGAGCUUAGACUUGUUUUCGGAGAUGAUUGGAUUCGGAAGCACAAUGGUAAGUUCCAACAGCAUGCAUUGAGCUAUGAGAGAUCGACAUGGAGUUCCAUACUCUCCUUCCUUAGAGAGGAGGGGCUUCACAGUUCGGGUUCAAGUUCCAUCUCACACACCCUCCUAAAAGAAAGGUUAAGGAACUUCAGUCUCGCUUUCGAGGAGGUAUACAAGGCUCAGACGGCCUGGGUGAUCCCGGACGUUCAACUUCGGGAAGAUUUACGCAUCUCAACAUCCCUCAAGAUAGUCCAAGCAUAUCGAACGUUCGUGGGAAGGCAUAACGGUCAUCUAAGCGACAGGCACAUCAAGUAUACUGCAGACGACCUGGAGAAUUACAUCUUGGAUCUGUUCGAAGGAUCGCCAAAGUCCCUGCCCAAUCCCUACAGGAGGUGAUAGCAUAAUUUUAUUGAGUUUUGUAACGGAGACGAGCCUUUUAUUUCCUCUCUCUACUAAUCUGAGUUCAAAGUGUUAGCUCGACCACUCUCUCCUUUGUUUUACAUUGAAGUUGUCCCACAGUUGUCACCCAGCGGCCAAGUAAAGUUCAGGCUUAGGGAAAUUGCAAGUUCCAGUGUUGUACUCUGUAGGUAAUUGUAUCGGCAGGCAUAGUCCAUAUAUACUAAGCACCUGUAAACAUUAUCAAAUUGUUAAAUGGAAGAAUAUUUAAUCUGUUUCACCUAA